AACCAUAAUGCAAUGAGUGUGGCUUUUGCAAGCCGCCCCUCUCUUCGUGGGCUGAAAACAACACCGCUUCCUCUUUGCCUUCAUAGCGUUUGUCACUCGGCAUCUGAGCAACCUCAGUGCCACCACCGGCAGCGCUCUGCAGGCGUCCCCAUGGCCCGCAUCCCACGUGUGGCAUCUCUCCUCCUCUUUCUGACUAAGCUCAGCAUUGGCCAGAGAGUAGUAACAGUUCAGAAAGGACCACUGUUUAGGGCUGAAGGUUACCCUGUCAGCAUCAGCUGCAACGUCACUGGCCACCAGGGACCUGCGGAGCAGCAUUUCCAGUGGUCUGUGUACCUGCCCGCAGCCCCGGCCCGAGAGAUCCAGAUCGUUAGCACCCAGGACGCGGGCUUCACCUACUCAGUGUACGCGCCGCGGGUAACAAGCAGGGACGUCUAUGUGGAGAGGCUCCAGGGCAAUGCCGCCUCGUUGCACAUCUCCAAGCUGCAGGCGAAGGAUUCUGGUGAAUAUGAGUGCCACACGCCGAACACGGAUGGCAAAUACUACGGGAGUUACAGCGCGAAGAUGACGCUCAUUGUUAUUCCAGACACCCUCUCCGCCACCAUGCGCCCCCAGACCCUCAGUAAGGAGGAAGGUGAGCCGUUAGAACUCACCUGCGAGGCAGCCAAAGCCACAGCUCAGCACACCCACCUGGCUGUCGCCUGGCACCUGCUGCAGGGUGGAGGAAGCCCAGCCUCCGAGAUCAUUUCCCUCUCCAAGGAUUUCACGCUGCUCCCGGGACCCUCGUUCGCAGAGAGGUUUGCCCGCGGCACCGUGCGGCUGGACAAGCUGGGGGCCGCCACCUUCAGGCUGUCCCUAGGGAGCCUGCAGCCCUCCGACCAAGGCCAGCUGUUCUGCGAGGCAACCGAAUGGAUUCAGGAUCCGGAUGGAACCUGGACUUUCAUUGCAAAAAAGCAGACGGAUCCAACCACCUUGAGCGUCCAGCCAGCAGUGAGAGAUUUUCAAGUCAACCUCACGGCCGAGGGCACGUUCACGGAAGGGAAACCCUUAGAGCUGGUGUGCCUGGUGCUGGGCGGUGGCCGGGACCUGCAGCUUCAGGGCGUCUGGUUCCUCAACGGCGUGGAAGUGGCCCGCAUCGACGCCGGUGGGGUUCUGGGCCUGAAGAAAGACUACAGCGAGAGAGCAAGUCGAGGACAACUCCAGGUUUCAAAGUUGAGCCCCAAGGCUUUCUCUCUCAAGAUCUUCGCUGCGGGCGCAGAGGAUGAAGGCGCCUAUGUUUGUGCCGUGGCCGAGAUGAUGAGGGCUCCGCUGGGCUCCUGGCAACAGCUUCAGAGAAAGCAAUCCCCGGACCGUCACGUGCAGCUGAGGAAGCCGGCAACAAGAAGUGUGGCCGUGUCUACCCAGAACAAGCAGCAAGCCGUGUGGGAAGGAGAGGCGCUCACCCUCCUCUGCAGGGCAGACGGAGCUGAGAGUCUCCUGUCCGUGAGCUGGUGGCACGUGCCGCAGGGCCAGACGCAGCCAGAGUUUGUGGCUGGCAUGCAGCAGGACGGCACCGUGCAGCUGGGUGCCUCCUACGGGACACCCCCUCACCACGGCCGUGCCAGGCUGGCGAAGACGGACUGGGCCACCUUCCGGCUGGAGGUCACCUCCACCGCGGUCACGGACAGCGGCACCUACGAGUGCAGAGUGUUCGAGAGGAGCCGGAGCCAGGCCGGAGGCCUGAGCUGGACGCAGAAGAUGCCCAUCACUGUGAAAUCUCUGGCGUCCAGUUUACAUGUCAGUCUGAUGAGCCGUCAACCGCAAGUGAAGUUAACCAGCACUGUGGACCUGGCCUGCAUCGUGGGGGCCGGCUACUCCGACCUCCAGGUACCGCUCACCGUGACGUGGCGGUUCCAGCCAGCUGGCUCUCAAGUCUCUCACCACCUCGUCCGAGUCACUCAUAACGGCACAAUCGAAUGGGGGGACUUCCCGUCCCAGUUCCAAAGGAGGACAAAGAUUUCACAGUCUUCGUUCCGUUCUCAACUCUCAAUCCACGAUGCCACCGAGGCGGAGGCGGGAGUGUAUCAGUGUACGGUGGAGGUUUAUGACAGAAAUGCCCUGGCCACGAACAGCCCGGUGAGGGCUUCUGCCAGCUCUCACCCCCUGAGGAUAGUCAUCUCUUUACCAGAGAGCAAGCUAACAGUGAAUUCCAGCAGUCAAGUCCAAGAGCUUGCCAUCAACUCCAAUACCGCCGUGGAAUGUAGCGUCUUAUCCAGGACCACUGGGCACCUGCCACUGGCUGUUACUUGGUACUUCUCGCCCAUUUCCUCUAAUGCGUCCUGGCUGAAAAUCCUGGAGCUGGACCAAACCAACGUUGUCAAAUACGGGGAUGGAUUUCAUACCCCUCGGAGAAAACAGAAAUUCCACGCCGAGAAAGUUUCCCCUGACACAUUCCGGCUACACAUCCUGAACGUGGAAGACAGCGAUCGGGGCAGAUACCGCUGCGCGGUGCAGGAGUGGCUCUUGUCUGCCAAUGGCACCGGGUACAAGCUUGGCGAAGGGACAUCGGGCGUGACAGAACUGAAACUCAGGCCCACAGGAGCCGAGGUCCGUGUCUCCAAAGUGCACCGGACGGAGAACGCUACGGAGCACGGAGAGGCGGCCCUGCACUGCAGCCUGGAGAGCGAGGGCGGCUCGGCCUCCCUGUUCUCUGUGAUGUGGUACCGGAUCACAAAACAUUCUGGAAGCGAAAUGCUGGUGCACCUGCAGCACGACGGCCUGCUGGAGUACGGUGAGGAGCGGCUCAGGAAGCGCCUGCACUGUCACCGGGCGUCCCCCACAGACUUCGUCCUGACGCUUCACCGGGUGGCGAUGGAGGAUGCUGGGGUGUACUGGUGCCGGGUGGCCGAGUGGCAGCUCCAUAGCACCCCCAGCUGGUGGGUCAUCGAGUCUUUGGAUCAGUCGCAGCGUAUGGUGCUCACGGUGCUGCCCUCAGAGCCCUCGUUUCAUUCCAGGAUCUGCUCAUCGGCAUCGUUGAUCUAUUUCUUAUUCAUCUGCCCCUUCCUCAUGCUCCUUCUGCUGGUCUCCACCCUCUGCCUCUGCCGGAAGGCCAGGAAGUUGUCAGCACUGAGGCAAACCUCCCAGAGAGAACAAGCCCUCUGGAUGGACUUGAAGGGAGCUGGCGAGGGGCCCGCCACCACAAGGGAGGAGCAAGAGAGUUGAAUCCCAAGAGGCGCUCAGCCUUGUGAAGGGUGUGGGCUGGGCAGUGGGACUGAUCAGACCAGGGUGUGGCUGAAUCCUGGUUCUGCCCUUCUCUGUAGCGGGGGCCUGGGGUAAGUUCCCCAGGAAUCUGAGGAAACGGGUUAUCGAGUAUAUCUGGUGCCAGGCACCGUUACAUAUCUAUCUCUUGUAUCCCGUUGGCCUCAGGACCCCGUUUUCAUUCACCACACCCCACCACCCCACAGGUUCAGGUUCAAUGCCUGUGAGCAGAGGAGGCCUGCCCUCACACAGCCCCUGGGAGAGGAAGGGAGAUCCUACAGCCAACCCCAGGGGCUGCUGCCCUCCGCUCUCCUCCCUCUUCCAUCACUGGUUCCCUGGCAACACCGGCAGUGACCUGUCCGCUGUCCAGGGAACCCUUAGCCUCCAGGGGAGAGGUGUGGGAAAGGGAUGGCAGCAGGGCGAGAGGAAUUGGGGAUAUGCCCAUCUGUCCCAGGAAAUCCGCCUCCAACAAGAGAGUGACUUCCUUCGAGGCAGAAAUCUCAUCUGUAAAUGCAGGUGCAUCAUCAAUAUUGGUUCUUUGAUGAAAUGAUAAAGCCUUUGGUAGCCUGAGUUUCUUUGUUUUGUUUUUUGUUUGUUUGUUUGUUUGUUUUCCUCCUUUUCUCUAUAAGACUUAUUGAGUCGUUGCUAAGGAAAAGCUUUUUUCUUUUUUUAAUUUUGCGACAGUGCCUCAGUCAGCCCCCCAAGGCCUAAUAGCUUUCCUUUCCCCCCAUCCCUACAGGCCUCCCUGGCUCCUGGCUCUUAGCCAAUGCCUAAUUUUCUUUAACCCGAAGGCACUCUGGGGCUAGGGUAGUUAUGUGGAGGAGGAGGGGUCCAGAGUGUCACUAUCCCCUUCCACGCCAGUAGAGCAUGGAAGUUCAAGGGGGACGGCCAGUCCAGUCUGGUUCCUCAGGGUGUGCAA